CGAGGCUGAGAGGGAUUCGGGCUGCGCGUGUGGCGGUGGGGGCCAGGCAGAGGGAGGCGAGGGCUGCGCCGGGCGAUCAGCCGGGCAUCAGGCACAGCCCCUUGCCUCCCGUGUCCUGCUCUCUGAAGGGCUGCGCGCCGCUGCUGCUGUUGCUGCUGGCGGCGGCUUCCCGGGGGCGCGGAGAUCCGCAGGCGAGAGGCUGAGCCCGCUCCCGCUGGCGGGGCUCAAGGAGAAGGCGGACGCAGAGCGGCGGCUCCUCCUGCGGACACAGCGCCGGCUGCAGCCCCGGCCGGCUCAGUCCCCUCUGUCCGGACCAGGCGGAGGAAGCCGAGCACCAGCAAUGGCGGCCCGGAGUCGGAGCCGCUGCGCGCCGCUCUGGCGCUCUCCUGGGCAUCCCUAGCUCCAGGUAGCCGGCUACCAGCGGAGGAGUGGCCCUGCCCGGGGCGUUAUUUAUCCCCCCACCCCGUCUUAAGUUCUCAGCGGAGCAGCCCGGCCAGCGCCUCCCGCCUCCAGCCCCUUCCCAAAGCCGCCAAAGGGUGGCAAGGGCGGGUGGCGUGGUCGGUGGACGGCCAGGCCAUGGAGAGCCCGGCGGAGAACCCCAGCAAGGCGGCGGGCUACCUGAAGGAGCUGAACAAGAUCAUCGAGACGCAGCAGGAGCUGCUGGAGAAGCAGAAGCGGAGGAUCGACGAGCUGGAGCAGCAAGUGUCCAAGUUGUACCACGAAAACGCCUGCCUGCAGGACGAACAUCACAGACAUCUGGCCACAUGCAGGCUGCAACAGGGCAUCCUCCCUGCGUACCCGGCGGGGCCAGGGCUGGCGAUUCUGGGGGCCAUCCAGGAAAACGCACAGCACGAAAAGUCCGAAGGUGAAAGCUCAAGAAGCAUCAGGACCUCGUUGGAAACAAGAAGCAGCAUCUCAACCGAUCCACUAAGUGUUGAAGGCGAAGCUCCAAGUAGUGAAACUGGCACAUCUUUGGAUAGCCCGUCUACUUACCAUCAAGGACCUAUAACCCAUAGUUCGGCUAUAAGCCCAGACCGUUACGACCAUUCUGCUUACGGGCUGUAUGCUGUCUCCCCUGGGCAGCAAAGAUCUCGGAGGCCUAAGCUUCAGCACUCAACAUCAAUACUGCGAAAACAAGCAGAGGAAGAAGCUAUUAAAAGGUCACGAUCGCUUUCUGAGAGCUAUGAACUCUCCUCAGACCUACAAGAUAAGCAGGUGGAAAUGCUAGAACGGAAAUAUGGGGGCCGUCUCAUAACUAGACAUGCUGCUCGUACUAUACAAACAGCUUUUCGCCAGUAUCAGAUGAACAAAAAUUUUGAGCGGCUUAGAAGUUCUAUGUCUGAAAAUCGUAUGUCAAGACGCAUUGUGCUGUCCAAUAUGAGAAUGCAGUUUUCCUUUGAAGGACCUGAGAAAGUCCAUAGCUCCUACUUUGAAGGGAAGCAAGUUUCUCUUACAAAUGAUGGGUCAAAAAUAGGAGCCCUUGUCCAAUCUGAAUGUGGUGACCUCGGAGAUUCAGCCACAAUGAAAUCUCCAGCAGCAUCCACUGAUUUUGCUGAUGCUAUAACAGAACUGGAGGAUGCUUUUUCAAGGCAGGUCAAAUCUCUUGCAGAAUCAAUCGAUGAUGCACUAAAUUGCCGUAGUUUACAUUCGGAUGAAGUCCAGACUCCUGAUCAAGUCAGAAGUCGUGAAAUGGAGAGGGAUAGUUGUAGUCAAAUUAAGCCAGCAAUCCAUAAUGUGGAUCACAGGAAACUUGAUGAGAUGACUGCAUCGUACAGUGAUGUUACAUUAUAUAUUGAUGAGGAAGAGCUAUCUCCACCUCUUCCCCUUUCCCAAUCAGUGGACAGACCGUCUAGCACAGAAUCUGACUUAAGGCUUCGAUCAAGGAACUCUUCUCAAGAGUACUGGUCCAUGACCCACAAGGAUGAUAAGAUAGACACUGAUACAAGCUGCAGGAGCACCCCUUCGCUGGAAUGCCAGGAGCAAAGGAUGAGAAUGGAUCAUCUGCCAUUGCUAACUAUAGAACCACCUAGUGAUAGUUCAGUGGACUUAAGUGAUCGCUCAGAAAGAGGCUCAUUAAAGAGACAAAAUGCGUAUGACCGGGGAAUCACUAGUCAACAAGGAAGCCCGAAACAUAUCCCACAUGGUAUUCCUACCAAGAUUAUAUCCCGAGAAGAACAGGAGGCUAGGCACAAGCCAAGGCCCAUUGAUAGUCACUUAGCAAUUAAUGGCACUGCAAACAGGCAAAGCAAAUCAGAGUCUGAUUAUUCUGAUGGUGACAAUGACAGCAUCAAUAGCACUUCCAAUUCUAACGAUACAAUAAAUUGCAGCUCUGAGUCCUCUUCUAGAGACAGCCUAAGGGAACAAACCUUAAGCAAACAAACGUACCAUAAAGAAACUCGGAACAGCUGGGAUUCGCCUGCCUUCAGUAAUGAUGUUAUCAGAAAACGCCAUUACAGGAUUGGACUGAAUCUUUUUAAUAAAAAACCUGAAAAAGGAGUCCAGUACCUAAUUGAAAGAGGUUUCGUGCCAGACACUCCAGUUGGUGUCGCCCAUUUUCUCCUGCAAAGGAAAGGACUAAGCAGACAGAUGAUUGGAGAGUUUUUGGGCAACCGACAGAAGCAGUUCAACCGAGAUGUAUUGGACUGCGUUGUGGACGAGAUGGACUUCUCAGCAAUGGAACUGGAUGAAGCACUCAGGAAAUUUCAGGCUCAUAUCCGUGUUCAAGGAGAAGCUCAGAAAGUAGAACGACUCAUUGAAGCUUUUAGCCAGCGAUACUGUAUCUGCAAUCCCGGCGUUGUGAGACAGUUCCGAAAUCCUGAUACCAUCUUCAUCCUAGCUUUUGCAAUCAUAUUGUUAAACACAGACAUGUAUAGCCCAAAUGUGAAACCAGAACGCAAGAUGAAGCUUGAAGAUUUUGUUAAGAAUCUAAGGGGCGUAGAUGAUGGUGAAGAUAUCCCACGAGAGAUGCUGAUUGGAAUAUACGAGCGAAUCCGCAAACGGGAACUGAAGACAAACGAGGAUCAUGUAUCCCAGGUCCAAAAGGUCGAAAAACUCAUUGUAGGAAAGAAACCAAUUGGAUCUCUACAUCAUGGACUUGGUUGUGUUCUCUCUUUACCCCACCGGAGACUUGUCUGCUACUGUAGGUUGUUUGAAGUUCCAGACCCAAAUAAACCUCAGAAGCUUGGUCUGCACCAGCGAGAAAUAUUUUUAUUUAAUGACCUCCUUGUGGUUACCAAGAUCUUUCAAAAGAAGAAGAAUUCGGUCACGUAUAGUUUUCGACAGUCCUUUUCCCUCUAUGGAAUGCAAGUUCUUCUUUUUGAGAAUCAGUAUUAUCCGAAUGGCAUUCGGCUUACAUCAGCUGUUCCUGGAGCAGAUAUCAAAGUCCUAAUAAAUUUCAAUGCACCCAAUCCUCAGGAUAGAAAGAAAUUUACGGAUGACUUGAGAGAGUCUAUUGCAGAAGUUCAAGAGAUGGAAAAGCACAGAAUAGAGUGUAAGUACAAAGCUGAGCUAGAAAAACAGAAAGGUGUGGUGCGUCCAAGCAUCUCCCAGUGCUCCAGCCUUAAAAAAGAAUCUGGCAAUGGGACGCUGAACAGAGCCUGCCUGGAUGACAGCUAUGCCACUGGGGAGGGACUGAAAAGGAGUGCACUCAGCAGCUCCCUCAGAGACCUUUCUGAAGCUGGCAAGCGUGGGCGUCGCAGCAGUGCAGGAUCGCUAGACAGCAAUAUGGAAUUUCAGCAUUUUGAGCCACUGCAAGGACUUUACACCUUAAUGGUAGAAACAAAGGAACCACAACUGCAAAACUCCACCAGCUAAAAUGCAAAACUUGAAGGAGGAAAUAAAAAGAAGUUCCAGUGUGAGAUGGGUAAAAAGAAUCGGAAAAAAACCAGAUUUAUCUGUUUAUUUGAACAAUACAAAUAUACAGUAGCGUUGUGUAAGGAAAGGAUGAACUUUCUGUAUUCGGUUACUCUUGGUAUCUUUAAUUUGUUUUUUCCUCUCCCCGUUUCAUGCAAUUGAUAUAAUACCAGCAAAACUGCAAACUGAGCACUUUGUUAAUCUCCAUAAAGAGCAAAUACAGCAAUCUAGAGUUUAGCCUUUUGCUAAAAUCUGUCCAUGUUUGUUUCCCCCGUGUGCAAUAUCUUUGAUCUCUUUUGCUCCUAUAAAUUAAUCUUACAUGAAAUGAGAAUAACAUGAAUAUUUUUAAUAUCAUUCAAGGUAUCCUAAAUUCUGUGUUUUACCUUAUGAAGGCUGAUCUGGGCCCUUGGAGGCUCUGUUCCUUGCAGUUUAAAAAAUAUUAUUCUUAUAAGGGAAAGUAGAAUUGUCUGCAUGUCAUCUAACAUUAAUAGUGUGAGGCUACACUCUACGUAUUGUAUAUUUGCAAAAUACAUCAGUGUUACUGUUGAUAUUAGUUGAAGUAAAGGGAUACAUAUUUAAAUGUGUCGACUUUUCUUCAUACCUGUGUACCAAUAGUAGAGUCUAAGUGUAAUUUAUAGGUUGUUCCAGAAAAGAUAAAGAUACCAUUCGGGUACAAAAGUCUUUCUGAAACUGCAUCUUUUAAUGAAAACUGAGGUGAAAAUGCUCCUCUUCAUCGCAUACUAUGUUUUCUGCGCUUACUCUGUGUGCAGAAUUAUUGAUGUCCGUGAAAGUGCUGUGUGCUGAACAAGUGCAAAAUAUGUACUGGAGAUCUACGUUGCGCCAUGGAGAGGAAGAUUUGGCCCCAGAUAUGUUAUUUAGUUAGCAUGCAAUGCCUUAAGUAUUUUAGCACUGAAAUAUUUCAAAUUUGUUUGGUUUGGUUUCACAUCACCCCUUAGGUUCUUUUAAGAAAAGUGUAACAACCAGUAGCCUUAGAUUUACACUGUGGGCCAGGUUUUAAUUUUGCCAGGUGCAACUGAUGAUGUGCAAAAGUUGUCACAAAUUUUGUACAUGCAAGAAACCAUUUGUGCAUGAUUUCUCUCUCUCACACACACACACACACACACACACAUAUAUUGGGGAGGCGGAUGAGUGCCUACUUAGUGGGCACACUAAUUCCAUAUGGAAAAUGAGAGGUCAUCUUGUGGCUGCUGAAGUAUUGGGUCCUUUAAGAGCACAAUAUUUGAAAACUUUCUCAUAGUUUAAAAUCAUUGAGAAGAGACACAGAAUGCUCGUUAUUUCUUUCUUUUUUGAACUAACUACCUUUAACAAACGUCUUGGUGUCGGCAUAAGUCUUAAGAACCUUACUACUACUACUACUUUAGGAAGCAGCCUAACGUGUCGGAAUACAUCUUGAGAUUAAUAGUUGCAUAGAACACCAUAGAUCACUCCGAGAAUGAGAAGAUGACAGUAUUCUGUUACUGUGUGCUGUUGGAGAAAAUGAAAUAGACGUUGAAAAGUUUUAGUCCUAUUUCCUUAUUGAUUAAAAAUUAGCAUAGAUCAGUACCGGGGACCAUGUUUCUCUGUUCCCAUGAAUAAUGUGGCUAAAUAAUAAUGUCAGUUUGAAAGAAUGAAAGGGAAACCUAAAGACUGCAGAUCACAAAAAACAAAAACCACAAAUCUUUUCUGGGACAACAGUCAAAUAUGUAUUUGGGUUUUUUUUUAAUUUUUUUAAGUUAAUGAAAUGUACAACAAUGUAAAAAAACAAAGUUCAUCCUGAUAUAAUGUAUGUCUUGUAUUACUAAAAAGAAGUCUUCAAACAUACAGUGUAGAAUGAUUUUCCCAUCAUGUACUGCAUGCAGCAGAAGCUUCUUGUUUCUUGAUAAAAUGAGCUGAAAGACAGUCAGCAGAUAUUUAAACAAUGAAUCUCUAGAUGUUGACUUGCUGUUCCAAAUGAAGCUGUGUGUUUUCUGCAGUUAAGCAUGCAUUUUGCUGUUUCCGUUGUAAAAUAUCAUUGCACUUGUUGCCUGCAAAAUGAGUUAUUGUGUAUAUAGUUAAAAGAAAAAUUAAACGAAUAACAAGAUUAAAUCUGGGGCGAGGGGAAAAGGAUGUUGGAAAUGGGACCAAGUAGGGGGAGAAUAGAUAAUUCUCUAAAUUGUAUAUAGUGUGUAAAUUAGUAUUACUAUAAGUCUGCAGUCACUUUAAGGUUGCAUACAGUACCUAUCUCCUGCUAGGAACUUUAAUCCAGUUUUGAGUUGUAUUAAUCUGUUAGAAUUAGGUCUUGAAUGCAGACUGUUAAAGACUUCAGGAAAGAUCAUGCUCACAAGAAGCUUCUGUUCUGGGGAGGCUCAAGACCCAUUUUGUAAUUGCAGGGAAGAAAGGAGUGCUUUCAUUUUAAUAUGCAUUCUGUUUGUAAGUAGUAACAGGCCCUAUCAAUGUAAAAUGUAACUGUGAUCAUGUGGAGAAAUCAAAUAAAUCAUUUAAAACUC